GUAAAUUGAAUGUGAUAUUAAUUUGCACAAUUGAGCAGAGGAAUGAAUCAUCUCAAUACCUGAAAAGACUCAUGUGAGAUGAAUGUCCGUUGCUAUACGUUAGACUUUACAUUAGAAAGUCAACAUGUGAAAGAAGUUGUUUCAAGUUUAUUUCACACAAUAUUGUUACAUAGAACAUUUGGGAAAAUCUCCUACAAAAAGGAAAGCACCUAUUCGAUUGGUUCUCUUGGUUUCAGAGAUAAUGAUUGUAGCAGAAUUGACUUCACAUAUUGUUCAGUUAAUUCCUCUGAGCUUGCAAAUGACAUUGAAAAGCAGGUAUCUCAAUUUCAUAGUGAACUCCGUGGUUCAGUUAAUGCAGGUCUGACGAGAAAUGGUACCAUUGCAUUGGAAUUUUACGAAAAGAAGAAAGCUCGUUGGCCCUUUGCAGCUGAAUUCUUCACAUGGGAAAGGUGGGAAAUAAAGGUUGAAUUGGUGUCUGCAACUAGCACAGCUGAGCAGCAACGUCGUCAAGAAGUCAUUGGAUCAGAGCUUGCAGAGAAAAUCUUCUAUGUUACUCAAAUGAUAAACAAGUCAGACUAUGUUCCCAAGACACCUGAUAUUGCCAAUGAUAUUGGGAAUGUGUAUCACACAAGAUACCAAGACAUUCACCCUUACCUAUUCAGAAUUAAGCACUGGUUGAUAGAUGCGCCUGUUAACCAGUCAGUUGGAACCAGUGUUAGAAAACUCCUUAAUUACACUUGAGUAAUAGUGAAUGAUAUAUAUUUUGUUUGUUUAUAUAAUACUUUUACAAAAAAUAGCUUUUGAUUCCUUUUUUCUGGAUAUAUCUGUCUGUAAGUAGUUCACCAGUCUGAAUAGUAAUGGAGAAUUUUCUAUUUGUUUUGAAAUUCAUCAUAUUUGUCAUAAGUGUUCAAUAAUUUCAUGGUUAUGUUAUGGAAGAUUGUUACAAUUUGGAUUCAUUGGCCCCAAGCAAUUCUAUGCAUUUGUAUUGUAUCCUCAA